AUGGCGAAAGGAUCCAAGUCAGCGGUACCAGCUACGCCGGUGAAGUCGGGACGAGGAUCGGCCGAAGGUUCGUCAACGAUCGCGAGUGACUUAACGUCUCGGUUGUCGACGAUCUCCGAAAGGUCGGUCAGUUUCGAAGAGUCGGUUGACCAAGAUUCGGACGCCAAGGAUGACAUGAUGAUGGACUAUGGUGACCUGGAGGAGAAGACUCCAGCGACGACGCAGGAGUUCGGAGAUGAAGAAGAUGCGAUGCUGUCCGUGGGACGUAGCGGAGGCUCGCGCUCCUUGUCCCGGAACCUCGUCGCGGAAUUUGAUGAAGAUGGCACCGAGACAUCGGCUUCGAGGGCUCUGGUGCAGGUUACUAAGGGUCCUCAAGAAUCCCGCGGAAGUCGGCCCGCUAUGAACAGCAGCACUCCAGCUGCGAACAAGGUGCUCGGCAGAAUGCUCGAGCAGAUGGUGGAGUCGAGCGAGUGGAUAUGGCAGUUAGUGGCUCAGAAUGCCUUUUGGGCUUAA